GCAUCAGUCGGCUUCCUGAUUCUCCGGUUAGCGCCAUUUUAUUCCUCUUAGUUAGCUAGCUUAGCUACCGUAUAAAUACAUUGAUUAGGCUAUCUUCUUGUUUAUUUCAGCAUACUCAGUUAGUUAGUCGGCAUUCAUACCAAUCGAUUUUUGAACAUGGAAGACGAAAGCCACCCCAAAACGCUGUAUGUUGGUAACUUGUCCAGAGAUGUAACAGAAAUUUUGAUUCUUCAGCUGUUCACCCAAAUUGGACCUUGCAAAAGUUGUAAAAUGAUCACUGAGCAACCCGAUAGCAGGAGGAUGAACUCUUCUGUGGGAUUUUCUGUUUUGCAGCAGUCAAGCAAUGACCCGUAUUGCUUUGUGGAGUUCUUUGAACAUAGAGAUGCUGCUGCUGCCCUAGCAGCCAUGAAUGGGAGGAAGAUAUUGGGAAAGGAGGUCAAAGUAAAUUGGGCCACCACUCCAAGUAGCCAGAAGAAAGAUACAUCGAAUCACUUCCAUGUGUUUGUGGGAGACUUGAGCCCUGAGAUCACCACUGAGGAUAUCAAAGCUGCAUUUGCACCUUUUGGGAAAAUAUCGGAUGCUCGUGUUGUGAAGGACAUGACGACAGGAAAAUCUAAGGGGUAUGGAUUUGUGUCCUUCUAUAACAAACUGGAUGCAGAGAAUGCCAUCGUGCACAUGGGGGGACAGUGGUUAGGAGGACGGCAGAUCAGGACCAACUGGGCAACUCGCAAGCCACCCGCCCCCAAAAAUGUGCAAGACAAUGGCUCGAAGCAGCUGAGGUUUGAAGAUGUAGUGAACCAAUCCAGUCCCCAGAACUGCACCGUGUAUUGUGGAGGAAUCCAGUCAGGACUGUCAGAGCACCUCAUGCGACAGACAUUCUCGCCCUUUGGACAAAUAAUGGAAAUCCGAGUUUUCCCAGAGAAAGGUUACUCUUUCAUCAGGUUUUCCUCCCAUGAAAGUGCUGCCCAUGCAAUUGUCUCUGUAAAUGGAACGUCCAUCGAAUGCCACAUAGUGAAGUGCUACUGGGGCAAAGAAUCCCCCGACAUGGCCAAAAACGUACCACAGGUGGAGUAUAGUCAGGGUCAGUGGGGACAAUGGAACCAAAUGUAUGGGAGCCCCCAGGCCCAGCAGUAUGGGCAACAGUACAUGGCAAAUGGUUGGCAAGUGCCUUCUUAUGGAGUGUCUUAUGGACAGUCAUGGAAUCAGCAAGGAUUUGGUGUAGAGGACUCCAUUCUGGCCGCAGCAGCACAGAACAUUUCAAGACAGUCCCAGUCCCCAGCCUGGGUAGGAGGGUUUGGAUCCCCGGCGCCGUCCCAGCCCGGUCCUGUGAUGCCCAACCAGGGAAACUUCAACAUGGCUGGUUACCAGACACAGUGAUCAGGCUCUCACUCACAUCAGUGGGAAUUAGUGGACUUUCAGUUCGGAGAACAUAAAGUCAUUAACAUUGUAAUCAUCUGGAGAGAUUGUGUUUUUAAAGCAGAGAAGAUCAGGAACAACAAUAGUUUACCUCUUUUGAGGAAGCAAAUGUUAUUUAUAAAGACAGGUAGGGAGUUGUUUUUAUUGGCUGAAGUUGUGUUGUGUACAAAUUAAAUGUCAAGAAGAAGUAUGGAGGAAAAAAAAAAACUUGGACUGAAUUUUCAC